AGGGAGGAUUGGGAAAGGCAGCCCCAGGAGGGAGCAGCAGCAGCAGCGUCAGACUGCACACUAGUUUAGGAGCAGCUCUGGCAAGAGGACAAGGUGGGGAAAGCCAGGCUCUAGGAUGCUGGGGCCAGCAAGGCUAGGCCCGCCCACGUGAUCCUCACUGCCACGGCCCUCGGCCUGCUCCGCCUGCAUAUCCGCCAUGCUGCUGUCCUGGCGCGGGAAGCUGAAGCUGCUGCUCGUCACAGCAACACUGGUCAUCCUCCUCUCGUGGCUGUACCUCCUGGCAGGCGGUCUGGAGUAUGGCCGCUCUCUCCUGCUGUCUCCUUGCUUUGGAGAACAGCCCAGCCGGGACGUGGAACGAGAGGCCUUGGUGUCUCAGGUGCACAGGGUGGAGGAGGAGAACCAGCAGCUGCGCCUACAACUCAGCCAGUCCCUAGUGCAGGUGGGGGCCACAGAGGGGGGUGACGGCAGCCAGCCAUGGGCAGCCUCUGUGGAGAACAGGGAAGCUGCAGGGGAGGAGAAGAGCAACCGCACAGACUGCACCAAGCAACGGACAGUGCAGAAGUGUGAGCUCCUGCAUGUGGCAAUUGUCUGUGCUGGGCAUAAUGCAAGCAGAGAUGCGGUGACCCUGGUGAAAUCCAUUCUCUUCCACAGGAAGAACCCUCUUCAUUUCCACCUCAUCACGGACUUGGUGGCUCGGCAGAUUUUGCAGACUCUCUUCCAGUCCUGGAUGGUACCCUCCGUCCACGUCAGCUUUUACGACGCCGACAACUUGAAGCCGGAGGUGUCCUGGAUCCCCAACAAGCACUACUCAGGGAUUUAUGGGCUGAUGAAGCUGACACUCACCAAGGCACUGCCCCCCAACCUCACCAAGGUCAUCGUGCUGGACACAGACAUCACCUUUGCCACUGACAUUGCUGAGCUGUGGGCUGUGUUUGGAAAGUUCUCUGAGAAGCAGGUGAUUGGGUUGGUGGAGAACCAGAGUGACUGGUAUCUAGGGAACCUGUGGAAGAACCACAGGCCAUGGCCAGCACUGGGACGUGGCUUCAACACAGGGGUGAUCCUUUUGCUCCUGGAGCGCCUGCGACAGAUUGGCUGGGAGCAGAUGUGGCGGCUGACGGCGGAGCGGGAACUCAUGAGCAUGUUCUCCACCUCGCUGGCAGAUCAGGACAUCUUUAAUGCAGUGAUCAAGCAGAACCCCAUGCUGGUGUACCAGCUCCCCUGCUUCUGGAACGUGCAGCUGUCAGACCACACCCGCUCCGAGCAGUGCUACACAGAGGUCUCUGAUCUUAAGGUGAUCCACUGGAACUCACCUAAGAAGUUGCAUGUGAAGAACAAGCAUGUGGAGUUCUUCCGAAACCUCUACCUGACGUUUCUGGAGUACGAUGGGAAUCUGCUGCGCAGGGAGCUUUUCGGCUGUGCCAGCCCACCCAGCCUGCCCGGCGACCAGCUGCAGCGGGCUCUGGAGGACCUGGAUGAGGAUGACUCCUGCUACGAUUUCCGCCGGCAGCACCUCACACAGCACCGCAUUCACCUCUUCUUCCUGCAGUAUGAGUUCAUGGCCUUGUCUGACCCAGUUGAUGUCACCCUGGUUGCCCAACUCUCCAUGGACAGGUUACAGAUGCUGGAGGCCAUCUGCAAACACUGGGCAGGACCCAUCAGCCUGGCGCUCUACAUGUCAGAUGCGGAGGCCCAGCAGUUCCUGCGCUACGCCCAGGCCUCGGAGGUGCUGAGUAGCCGCAGGAACAUCGCCUACCACAUUGUGUACAAGGAAGGGCAGUUCUACCCCAUCAACCUGCUGCGGAACGUGGCACUGACCAAUGCGCAGACACCCUACGUUUUCUUGACUGACAUCGACUUCCUGCCUAUGUACAGUCUCUACGAUUACCUCAGGAGCUCCAUUCAGCAGCUGGCACUGCCUCAGAGGAAGUUGGCACUCAUUGUGCCAGCAUUCGAGACUCUGCACUAUCGCCUGACCUUCCCCAAAUCCAAAGCGGAGCUGCUUUCCAUGCUGGACAUGGGCUCCCUCUACACUUUCAGGUACCACGUGUGGCCCAAGGGCCAUGCCCCAACUGACUAUGCCAAGUGGCGGACAGCCACAGUACCGUACCUCGUGGAGUGGCAGCCGGACUUCGAGCCUUAUGUUGUAGUGAGGCGCGACUGUCCCCAGUAUGACCAGAGGUUCGUGGGCUUUGGCUGGAACAAGGUGUCCCACAUCAUGGAGCUUGAUGCCCAGGAGUACGAGCUGCUGGUCCUGCCCAAUGCCUUCAUGAUCCACAUGCCUCAUGCUCCCAGCUUCGACAUCUCCAAGUUCCGCCUCAGUGCUGGGUACCGAGGCUGCCUGCAGACACUGCGGGAGGAGUUCCACCAGGACCUGUCGCGUAGGUACGGUGCAGCCGCGCUGAAAUACCUCACGGCUGAGAGGAGCCUGUGACUUGGAGGGCCAGCAUAUGCAGGGCAUCGGUUGUACGCUAGGGAGGGAAGGGGACCUCUCCUGAUCUGGCUCAGUUUAGGAGCUCUCCCUGCAGGCAUCAAACCUGCAGCACAAUCUCCCUCCAGCUAGACAGAGAGGGAGAGGGCCAUUGAGCUGCAGCCCAGGGUUUGGCAUUACUGAGAGGGCCUGCUGGUUACCGCUGCUUCCCAUGGUCAAGGGUGAGCAUCUCAGGGCUGAGCAUUGGCUCAGAGGAGCAGAAAUACGAAUCCAAAGUUGGGAUAAUGUCACUGAGCAGAAAGGGGAGGCUCUGGGUGGUUCCUCUAGUCAGGGAGAGGCUGGUUUGGUCCCUGUAGUGCAGUGUCCAAGGCUUUGGCCAGAAAGGGGUUUCCAGUGUCCCUGUAGGAGACAGUGAGGUGGGAAGUCUCCCUCUUGCACAUUCCCUGACAUUCAGCCAAAAAGUUCCUUUGCUUUCAACUACGCCCCCACCUCACUGUACUCCUGGGGCCCUGCCUCCUCCAGCCCCUGUGCAGGAAGCCCUGCUAGGACUAGCAUCACCGCAGGUCAUUUCUUUCAUUCCUCCAUCUCUUGCAUGCACAGCUCCGUAACUCCAAGCCCCUUCCAGAGUGGAGGUGUGUGGAGAGGGGGCUGGCACCUCACCCCAUUCCAUGCCUCCACCUGGAAGAUGGCCUAAAUGUACAGGAACAGAUGACACUGUCUGCCUGCCUGAGUUGUGGAGACUGCAACCUCUUGCCUUAUACCACAGCUGGAAGCACAUAGCUCCCAGCUGGGCUGGUCACUAGUUGUGACUGUGGGCUUCUGCCUUAAGGGUGUGCCCUGCUUAGAAUCAUAAAAACACAGAGCUAGAAGGGAGGUUGUCUAGCUCAAACCCCUGCUUAAGACGGGAUCAUCCCUCCACUUACCAUGAAGAGGCAGACACAGCCAUGCUUACAUGGUGCCUGAAUAGGGCUGGGCCCAGCAGCUUCUUUCCCCCUUCCACCCCAGUGAGCUUCUACAACCAAGGCUGUGCCUCCAGGUGCAGCUUCAGCUGGGACCUGCCAGGGGACCCCGGCUUGAUAUUAGCACCAUUACCUUGCCAAUAGCAGUACAGCACUGGCUCUUUUCCCAUCUUGCUGUGGCCCAGAUGCGUGUGUCACUGUCUGGGAGGUGAGGCAUUGUGCACAUGUUCAGGGCUGUGUCUGCCUCUCUACAGAAAGAGCUCAGUGUGCAAAAUACACACGUCUGCUACCCAGAGGCUUUGGGUCUGGCCCUUUAUUUUAUAUAAAGUCUAAUCUCUGUUCAAGUUCCCAAAGGAGGUGCUGCUGCUGGACAGCCUGCACCCCUCCAAGACACGGCCAUCCUCCCUGUACUGGCAAGCUGCUGCAUUUCCCUCAGGUUUUCCUGGCUGGGGAGGGGCUAGUGAGACCUAAUGCUGCAGGUUUGAGUCAGUUACUGAGGCCCACGGACUGUUCCUGUCUUUGCCGUGGUGCUAACUGCUAGGUCUUGGUCACUGCUGUGAUUGAGCUAGGCAGGCCUGAAGCAUGGGGGCAAGUGAUCCUGUCCGGAGGAACCUCCUGGGGCCAUUCCACAGCUCAGGAGGCAGGAGCCUGAAUCUCACUAACACUGACAUUGUCAUUGACAAUCAAGGAGGUGGUUGACACCAGACCACAGUAGUUGGGCACCAUGCCUGGACCCUGCACAGGGAGCAGUUUCAGCCAGGCACCGUUCCACAGCCAUCACACACUGGAGCACAUGGGACACCCUUGCUUUCCUCAUUAUUUAAAUUAUUUAAAGUGAUUCUUCCUGUGGUGUAAAGGAUCAGGGGGUCCGUGGGUUUGUCUCUUCCUUGUUGAUUUUGCAGAUGGUCCUGGAGUAUCUUCAGGCCUGUUGCUGCUGGAAUGCUGCUGUUCACUUCCUAGCAUUAAUCUGAUACCUGUAAGCCUGUGCUGUGUGCAAAACCCUCCAUCCACAGCAGGGCAGGCACUGAGAGGGGAGGCCUACCCAUCACUCUGCUGUGUUUGGAAGGACAUGAGUGUUUCUUGCAGGGUUUUUAAUUAAAGCUUUUUUAUCCUUUUUCAAA